AUGUCCAUCACUGACCUGUCCAUCACUGACCUGUCCAUCACUGACGACCCCAUCACCGACGACUGCAUCGCUGACAUGUCGCUCGCUGACGUGUCCGUCACUAGCAUGUCCGUCGGUGGCGUGUCCAUCACUGACCUGUCCAUCACUGACGACCCCAUCACUGACGACCCCAUCACCGACGACUGCAUCGCUGACAUGUCGCUCGCUGACGUAUCCGUCACUAGCAUGUCCAUCACUGACGUAUCCAUCGAUAACGUGUCCAUCACUCACGUGUCCAUCACUGACGACCGCAUCACUGACGACCCCAUCACUGACGACCCCAUCACCGACGACUGCAUCGCUGACAUGUCGCUCGCUGACGUAUCCGUCACUAGCAUGUCCGUCGGUGGCGUGUCCAUCACUGACCUGUCCAUCACUCACGUGUCCAUCACUAACAUGUUCGUCACUGACGUGUCCGUUACUGACGUGUCCGUCACUCUCGUCGGCGUCACUGAGGUCUUCGUCGCACCGUUUCACUCAUGA